AUGUGGCGUCAUUUUUUUUUGAUAAAAAAUACGAAAAUGCGUGAACUGAUGCUUCUGCUGUUAAUCUCCAGCCGUAUUCUCUCGAUGGUCAUCCCUUCCGGCUCUGAAUAUUUUUGGGAGGAGGGCUGGGAAUGGCCGGGCCGAAGAGAUACUCUGUGCGGUUGCUGUAAAUCUAUUGUGACGUUUAUUCAAUCAAAAAUAGCUGAAGACGCCAUUCAGCUACAAAAGGACGCCGAAAAAGAAUGUGAAGAUCUUUUUGUUGGCUUUUUCAUCGCGCCUUGCAAGGCGAUCGUGGAUGUGUUUUUCAACCAGAUCUACCAAGACCUCAAAAAGGGCAUGAACCCCACCCAAGUGUGCACCGAGCUACGAUAUUGUGGGAAC